AUGUCAUGUUUAACAAACAUUAAAGCUAAUGAAGUGAUAAGCUAUGCAACAUUUGAACAAUGGUAUAAUACCUUGCAACCAGCAAAAGUUACAAAUUGGAGUAGUCUCAUACCUUCGCCUGGUAGAUGGCUUCAAUCUGCCAUUAAGCAAGCAUUGACUAAAAGUGGAUGUCCAGCUUGUACUUGUCAAAAUCUUGUACUAAAGUCUCAUGAAAAUCUCUGGCCUGUUGGUAUAUGGACACCGAAUUCACGUAAAAACAACGAGAGUAAUCUUAGCAAUUACAGCCUUAAACGUAUUCCAGAACAACAAGCAGUAAUCGUGUUCGGUUCUGAUAACAAAACGCUCUCUGAAGACAUGGUGGAUCAUAUAGGACACAUCAUGAUAUUCGUCAAUGGAGUUGAAACAGUCACCGAUUCUGAAUAAAAAUUAGCUCAGGAGAAUUUUACCUAACCGAUUUAAAUACAUAGAAUA